AUGUCAGGCAAAGACAAGUUACCGAUCUUCCCCUCCCGGGGGGCCCAAAUGUUGAUGAAAUCCCGUUUAGCAGGAGCACAAAAAGGGCAUGGAUUGCUGAAAAAGAAAGCUGAUGCGCUGCAAAUGCGCUUUAGGAUGAUUUUAGGGAAAAUCAUAGAGACCAAAACUUUGAUGGGUGAAGUGAUGAAGGAGGCAGCCUUUUCAUUAGCUGAAGCAAAGUUUGCCACAGGAGACUUCAACCAGGUGGUUCUGCAAAAUGUAACAAAAGCGCAGAUUAAGAUCCGCUCUAAGAAGGAUAAUGUUGCCGGUGUGAAUCUGCCGAUAUUUGAAUCUUAUCAAGAUGGAACAGAUACUUACGAGUUAGCAGGUUUGGCUAGAGGUGGACAGCAGUUAGCCAAACUGAAAAAGAACUAUCAACGAGCGGUGAAGUUGCUGGUGGAACUGGCAUCGCUACAAACAAGUUUCGUCACUUUGGACGAAGUUAUUAAGAUUACAAAUCGACGUGUUAAUGCUAUCGAGCACGUUAUCAUUCCUCGAAUUGAGAGAACGCUGGCCUAUAUUAUUUCGGAACUCGACGAGCUUGAAAGAGAGGAGUUCUAUCGGUUGAAGAAGAUUCAGGAUAAAAAGAAGAUUGCCAAGGCAAAGGUUGAAGCAGAAAGAGCAAAGUUUAUUGCAGCCGGACAUAAUGUGGAGGCUGCAAACUUGCUCGAUGAAAGUGACGAUGAUGUACUGUUUUAAAUAUUGUAAAUAUGUUAUAUAUAUAUAUAUAUAUUAUAAGAGAAUGUUGACAACUUAAAAAGUGAAUAUAUGUAAAGAGCCAAUUUCUCUUUCUGUUUAGCUCUUUAUCGUGUAUAACUUGGUCGUGACAGGCGCAUAUACGUUUUAGAGAAUAUCAUAGUUUUUUAAAACUUUUUUUGGCAACUGUGAAGAGACCGCUAUUACUGUUUUCAUUUAUCUUGUAAGAGAAAUAGAUUGUACAGACUUUGUCAUGCAGUGAUUUACAAACACGAGUAUAUCAUGUAUACAUGUAGGGGCAGCGCUUUUAAAAGUAUUUUAAUUCCAAGUAUUUUAAUUCUAUAUAUAUAUAGCUAUAUAUAUAGCAAAAUGUAUUCUGAUUCUAUAUAUCACAAAUCAUUCCAUCAUCCAAAUCAUUUCCGGUUUGUAUGAUAUAAGGAAUUGUACAAUUCAAUACUCUAGAAACAGUUAUGAAUAUAAUAAAUACAUGUAUAUAUUUA